GGGAGUCAUACGGGUGUGCGUGGCCUCGCCACUAAUUUGCCACCGACCUACAAUAAGAACCCCCCCAUUUUCUUCAACUCCCAACAACAAUUCCACAACCAUAUCAUCAAUCCACAACCCUCACCCCACAAAAUGGCAGACCAAACUCCAACCGCCCCUGCCACUGCCAACGCAGGCACCCAAACGCAGACCCCGCAGCAACAAGCACAAGCUGCGAGCGACACAUCCUCCCGCCCAACCGGCGCCGGAGUCAACACCGGUGCCGGAACGACCAGGCCCAAGACCGAGGCCGAGAUCGAGGCGGACAAACGUUACGAGGAGGCUAUGGAGGACGAGUACGCCAAGCGUGAGGGCGGUGCCUGAAAGGUGUGCGCAUGUUACGGAGGAGGAGGGCUGAGGGGUUAAUCAAGCAUAGAAUCACAUCUUCUGUUUAUCAUGAGAACUGAUAAAUUCCACUCCACUUGGCAACCAUGGCCAUUAAACAA